AUGCCGGAGUAUAACAUCAGAGGAGUUACUGUAAACUUUCCCUAUCAAGCUUAUCCGUGCCAAGAAUUAUAUAUGGAGCGGGUAAUUCAAUGUCUACAAGAAUCCGUUCAGGAGAAACAAGAAAAUACGACUGCAAUUUGUUCUCGGAAUGCACUCUUGGAAUCUCCUACGGGCACCGGUAAAACAAUGUGUUUACUAUGUUCGUCGUAUGCUUGGCUCAUUGAUUACAAGAAGAAAUCAUACGGAACAGGACCUAUACCUAAAAUUAUUUUCACUUCAAGAACUCACUCUCAAUUAACUCAUGCGAUUCAAGAAUUGAAAAGAUCAGCCUAUGUUCCUGAAAUUGUUGUAAUGGGCUCCAGAGAACAAAUGUGUGUCAACCCCGACGUUGUUUCUCUCAAAGGAUUUCAACAAAUUUCGAAAUGUUCUUCUCUAGUGAGAUCUGGAGGUUGUAAAUUUCAUGCAAAAUUUAAUGAGAUGAAAAAAUCAGGAGACUUAUUUCAUCAUGAAACUGAAGAUGAAAUUGAGGAUAUUGAGGAUUUGUUAACAAAAGGAUUGAAGCACAAUUUUUGCCCAUUUUUCUAUGCUCGUGAAAAGCAAAAAUGUGCCGAAAUUAUAUUUAUGCCAUAUAAUUAUUUAAUUGAUCCACUUUUACGAAAGAAAGUGAACGUAGACAUUACAAAUUCUAUUAUAAUAUUUGAUGAGGCUCACAAUGUACAGAAACUAUGUGCCGAAGCUUCCUCGUUUGAUUUUUCCGGUAUUAAUAUUUGUAAAGCAAUUGCAGAAAUUGAAAAGUGUAGAUCAGAGCUUGACAAGAUCAGUAUAGAUCCAUUGGAAAAUGCAAAAUCUAUAGAAUUGAAAUCUGAUUGUCUCGACAUUUCUUCAGCAUUGUUGGAUUUAGAUAUUCAUUUGGAUGACAUGGAAAUAUCUGAAGACGGUUAUACAGCAACAGGUGAUACUAUUUUUGACAUUUUUUCUUAUGCAUCUGUUCAUCCUUCAACAUGGGAAUCAUUCAAUGAAAAGAUCAAGAGUAUUUGUGGUUUUCUUCAACUCAAGAAACAAAAUUGUUCUGGGCUUGAACGAGUGAGAGAAGCAAUUGAAAGAAUUUUCUCAGAUUUUAACGCAUCCUCAGAAAUAUUUAAGAAUUAUUUCAAAGUAUUUAUUUAUUACUCAAAGAAACAACCUGGAGUUAUGAACACGAACCUAUCUUCUGAACAUUUGCAACUCUAUUCAGAUGUUUUGAGUACAAGAGAUCGAAAGAAAGAUUUUAGAAAAACAAAAACACUUUCAUUUUGGUGUUUCAAUCCAGGUAUUUCAAUGCAAAAACUGGCAAGCGAGAACCCAUUAGCAUUCAUUCUCACUUCGGGAACAUUAUCCCCAAUGGAAUCGUUUGCGUAUGAGCUAGGACUUAACUUUCCCAUUCGACUAGAAAAUCCACAUGUGGUAUCUAAGGAUCAAAUUUGUGUCAUGGUCGCACAGGCAGGACCCACUGGCACAAAACUCAACUCUUCGUACACAAAUAGAGCAUCUGAAACUUACUUGAAAGAGGUUGGAGGAACAUUGCUAAAUUUAUCUAAAAUUGUUCCUGAUGGACUAUUGGUUUUCUUCCCUUCGUAUACAUUGAUGGACCAAUGUGUGGAAUUGUGGAAACGAUCAAAUGGUGGUGCAAAAUCUAUUUGGGAGAGUGUAAAUCAAAACAAAACCAUAAUUUUGGAACCAAAAGAAUCGACAAAACUCAAUCAAUCCAUUCGAGAAUAUGAAGAGAGUAUUACAAGUAGAAAAGAAAAAACAACAGGUGCAUGUUUCUUUGCAGUCUGUAGAGGAAGAGUGAGUGAAGGUUUAGACUUUAAAAAUCGAAACGGUCGUUGUUGCAUGAUUGUUGGUUUACCAUUUCCUCCACUCCAUGAUCUCAAAGUGAAACUCAAAAGAGAUUAUCUGGAUGAAACAGCUCAAAGAAUUAUUAAGGAAAACCCAAAUGCAAAACCAAUGACAGGAUCCGAUUGGUAUGCCCAAGAAUCAUCGAGAGCAGUGAAUCAAGCCAUUGGUAGAAUCAUUAGACAUCGUUACGAUUAUGGUGCUGUAGUGUUGUGUGAUGAAAGAUUCAUGUAUCAAAAUCAAAGAAAACAACUCUCAAAAUGGCUUCAACCUCACGUGAAAGUGGCAAAUCAAUUUGGUGAAAUCUCUAAUGGAAUAUCCAUGUUCUUUAAGAAUGCAUUUCAAAAAUUUGGACUUGAAAGUGAAAAAGUCAAACCACCCACUGCACCUGCUGUCAAGAAACUUCCACGUUUUUCUUUAAAUUUAACAGAGUUGUACAGAUCAAGCAAUGGUGCAGAAUUGUUAAGGCCUCAACAACGAAAUAUUUAUCAUGAAGAUUACGAAGAGUAUCGAAAUGAAAUGGGAAAUAUUCAAGACGUUCCGCUCACUGAGGAAGGAAUUGAACCUCAAGGUAUUACUUCGUCAUCCUUGUUACAACAUUACAAGACAUCAUCUGUAAAUGAUCCAAAGAGAAGUAUUACCAAACAACCCAAUAUUGUACCAGCGAGGUCUAGCAGCUCUAUACCAUUCAAUGCAUCUUCUUCAUCCAUUUCUUCCUCGACAUCCUCAAGUGCUAGUAACAACAACAACAACAAUACUCCAUCUAUUACAUUGCCAUCAACAAUAGAUCAACCACCCCUUAAGCGAAAUGUUGUGCUCAACAGUUUUGUGAAUCCAAACUCUGAAUUUUUGAAUCCACAAUUAAGAAACGCAUCACCAAUUACAGCAUCAAGAAAUACCACUAGUCCAAUUACUACUUCUACAAAAGAAUCCCAGCAAGGAUCCACUUCUUCUAAAAAUUCAGCUGAAUAUUUACAACAAGUGAAAGCAACCCUCACCGCUGAUCAGUACAAAGAGUUUAAAAACCUACUCAUUCAAUUUAGAGAACACAACUCCAAGGAUUCAAAGAAUACUAAUAAUACCUUCCUUCACCUGGUAAAAAAGUUAGUUGGACUUUUUGGAGUCUCGAAUAUUGAAAUUAUUGAAAAAUUCAAAAACUUUAUUUCACCUAAAUUGCACAAUUCCUUUGAUGAAAUUGUCAAAAAGCAAAUAUUACUCCAUGCUGAUGAAGAUACAAAUUUAAAGAAAAGAAAACAGGAGCACGUGCAAUUGGAUUUAGUGAGCGGAGCAAUUACAAAGAAAACAAAAACCGUACCAUUGAGCAACACUAGUUCAAAACCAAUUGUCAUUGAAGAUGAUAAUACCGACCAAACGAACACACCAAUGGAUCAUGACAUUCCACUCACGCUUGAAGCUUGCUCAGAUCUUACCAGUAGCACUUUGAGUGCCCAAAUUAGCAUGACAACAAAUUCCAACAACAAUAUUCAUCAACCACACAACCAAGGCGCAUCUCCAUCAAGCAUGCAAAGUGACAAAGAAGAACCAAAGCCAGCCGGUACUGUGUGCACUAUUUGUAAAGAAGCCUGCAAGGAACCAACAGCAGCGAAAUGCGGACACAUUUGUUGUUUCAGUUGUUGGCAGCAGUGGCUCAACUACAAACUCGAGUGCCCUACUUGCAAAGCCAAAGUGAGACCCAAGCUACUCACAAGACUAUUCUUUUGA